AUGAAGGCUUUUGGUAAAGAAAAUAUGAAGGAUUCUUAUAAGCCAAGGAGAAUAAAUUUCAGGAGACAGAGCAAUCUUUACAAAUUUGAAGAUGAUGCAUCUGAUGAAGAAAGUGUCUCUGAAGAUUGUUGCAGUGAAGGUGAAAGAGAAGUCAAUAUCUUCAUGGUGCAAGGAGAGUUAUCCGAUGAACAUAUUAUUGAUGAUGAAGAAGAGGAAAUUAAAGCUGAAGUAGACCUGGAAGGUGAGCUUGUGAGUGCACUAGAAGAACUUGGAAAAGUAAGAAAGGAAUAUAAAAAGUACAAUAUUGUUGUUGCUGAAGAACAAGAUCUACUAAACAAAUCACUCGAGGAGUCAAAGACAAUAAUUUUUUAUUUGAGAAUCCAGCUGGAAGAAGUAAAAAGGAUGUAUGAAGUAACAAAGUUAGACCUAGAAAAGAAGAAUAAGGAGUGUCAAAAAUCGGAAGAAGGUCUUGCAAAUCUAAGAAAGGAAUUGGAAAAGAACAACGAUGAAAUCAACAUGAGGAUCAAGUACGGUGGCAGGACUAAAGAAUUAGACAAAAUGUUAAGUAAGCAGGAGCACGAUAAGGACAUCAAUGGUGUUGGAUUUGAAAAGGGACAAUGUUCUAACAAUAAAGAUUCAUCAGACAAGGAGAUACACUUCACCUCUUCAAGUGAAAGGUAUACUACUAUUGAGGUUGAUGAUAAGGAUGUUAAUAAUUCUGAUAAGGUUGAUAUUGAUGAUGAACAAGUAGAGGGGAAUGAUAGUGUUGAACUAGAUGAUGAGGUUGAGAAUCAAGGUGUUGUUGUAAAGGAGUGGAAAGAGUCUCCAAGGCAAUUUGAGAGACAAGACCAAGAUUUGAUGAACAAUAUUGAUACUAUUAGAGUUAUCUUGUAUUAG